AUGAGAGAUUCAAUGUACACUGAGCUGCUGCAGUUACACCCGGAAGCGAUGGAGACACCUUUAGCGCCGUUUGCUGCUGAAGAAGUCGUUGAUUUAACUGCUGAAGAUGUAGACAAUGAUGAAGCGAAGGAUAUACAAGAAAAAGUUCAUCGCUUUCUACGCAAAGCCGAUGUCUUAGACCCUAUCUCCUUCUCCCCAAGAAACUUCUUCAAGGCUGCUGCAUUAAGAAACCCAUUUACUAAAGAGAUUACUGCUGUGGGGUGGAUAACUGAAGAAAGCAGCAGCUUAGCACCUUCAAUCGUUCUUACAACUGCGGGGAGCGGAUCCCGGUACGAGGCAGUGUUUUUAGAAGAAGAUAUAGCAGAGAUAGCGGAGAUACUUGAAGGAGGGGGAGACAUAAAAAAGCUGAUGAAGAGACUGAAGCAGCAAAACGAAGUGUCUCCGACCCAGCAGCAUCUAUCGGAAUUAGAUUGGGUUAAUCUGCAGCUAGCAGCUGAGCUGCAGGGAAAUAGCUGGAGGGGGGUGUCUGAGGGGCCCCCUGGGGGCCCCCCUGCUGCUGGUGGUGCUGCUUCUGCUGGGGGUGAUGCUGCAGCAAAAGAGAAUACGCAUAAGAAGAAGGAGACAGCGACAGAGACAAAGGCAGAGGAGAAGGCUAUCUCUAUUCGAGCCCGCUUGCAGCGGAUGCAGCUGCAGCGGGAGAUGCAGCUGCAAGCAGAGCUAAUGAAGCAGACGCAGAGACAGAAGAAACAGCUACUAUAUACGCAGCAGCAGCUGCAGCGUACGCAUCUUCAGGUUCAAGCAGCAGAAGCGGAGCUAAGAGAACUCCAAGCAGCAGCAGCAGCAGCAGCAGCAGAGAGAGUGCAUUCAGAAGUAUUACGUAGAGGAGAAAGACGCCUGCUGCAGCAGCGGCGUGCUGCUGCUAUAGAUGUGCUGUCGCCUUUAGGUGUAUGGAGUGAUAUAUGGGCAAAGAGAGCUCAAGAAGACCCUGCAUCAAAGACAAUUCGAGUGUAUGUACAGCCCUAUUUGUUUCUUAUUGCUGGAGUGCUGCUAGCUGUGCUUUACUUUGAGGCUCACAAAGCAGCAAAGGCUGCCCCCACAAGGCCGAGAAGAUCUUAUAAACAAAGCGGCGAUAUUAUCUCUAGUAUACGGGGUGUCUCCUUAGAGACACCCGGGCAACGAACCCCUUCUAUUAAAGCAUUAGCAGCAGCAGCAGCAGAACUUGCAGAGCCCAGCAGGUCUCGCAGGUCUUCUCAAAGAAGUUCUCGAAAAUAA